CACGUUUUUCCCAGCAUUGCACAGCAAAUGUUGAUUCCUUCCAAGAUCACAUGCCAUCAUCAAAAUGUCUGUGUUCAAACCAUCAGCUUCUGCAGGCUGCCUAUUGUGGCUUUUUGUGUGCAGUUUGCUGUCCCAUUGUCAAGGAUAUGUAAUACUAAACUCAGUGUCGUGGUCAGUAACCAACGAGGUGGAGGAAGAAAUGGACAGUUCCUCCACUGAAGAUACUCUGCCAGCCCUGCUUGAAGAUACCAUCAGCAUGUGGAAGCAAAGCUACCCAGCUUCUGCGUACAAAGAAGCCAGAGAAACCAAAUCCAGGCCAGAGCCUGAGCGUACCAAAACAAUCUCCUCUCCCUCAAGAAUGUUCUCCUACAGGAGGGAGGGUAAUACAGUUCCAGAAAGGCCUCCCUCACCUGGAGGUGCCCUCUUAAUCAAAUUAGCAAAAAAUGCCCGUAUACUAGCCCACCAGAGCAAAUGGGGUUUCCUGGCAACAUUGCCUGCUCAGGAGAUGGUAAGUGAAAUUUGUAACCUAGUGGGAAACAAUCCACUGGCACCCUGAACUUAUUAACUCCUUUAAGAUCAAUGGCAUGCUGGGACUGUCACAAUAGCAGGGAAUCUGACCAAACCUUGUCCUGUAGCGUUUAGGGGUUAAUGCUGAUUAUGCAUUGUUGCACACAGUGCUAAUCUUUUGUGUGAUUUUGGAUUUCUCUAAAAUACAGAUAGUGUGUCAUCUUAAUGUGCCAUUAUUCGGACACCUUGGAAUCGUUGAUAAAGGUUUGUUACAGUCUUUGGAAAAAUGCAUGUUACGCCGGUUGUUAUCACUCCAUAUUGUAUACAAUAAUCAUUAUUAUUGUUAGACUGUAAGCUUGUUUGAGCCGGGCCUGCUUAGCACCUUUUGUUCCUGUACGUCAAACUUGUCUUGUUGCAACUACUUGUUUAUCAGUGCACCUAUUGUAGAGCGCUGUUGGCGGUUUACACAUAAUAAUUAUUAUUGUUAUAUAUCAUUUAUAUAGUACCAACAUAUUCUACAGUUAUGUACAACAGAGAAUUGAAAUAAUGACAAAAUCAACAGAAAAAGAGUGUUCUGUUUAAUUGAGCUUACAAUCUAUGAGGUCAAUUAUAGAAGUAUGGAAAUGUAUUUGUUUAAAGGGACACUAUAGUCACCAAAACAACUUUAGCUUAAUGAAACAGUUUUGGCAUAUAGAUCGUGCCCCUGCACUCUCAAUGCUCAGUUCUCUGACAUUUAGGAGUUAAAUCACUUUGUUUAUGCAGCCUUAGUCACACAGUCCUGUAUGUGACUUAAACACCCUUCCUAAACACUUAAUGUGUCAUCUAAUGUUUACCACUUCCUUUAUUGCAAAUUCAGAUUAAUUUGGAAUUUCUUAUCCCCUGCAGUGUUAAUAGCUUGCUAGUCCUUGCAGGAGCCUCCUGUAUGUAAUUAAAGUUCAAUUUACAGAGCAGGAGAUAAAAACUUUUAAAAUAAGUAGAAUUUGAUUGAAAAUGAAACCCAGGGAAGGUGUGUCUAGGGCUUCAUAAACAGAAACAAAAGUUAUUUAACUCGUAAAUGGUAGAGAAUUGAGAAGUGAGACUGCAGAGGCAAAACAAUUUAAAGAACAAUAUUUUAAACUGUCAAAGUUAUAAAAAAAAAAAAGAAAAGCUGACAGAGCAUAGUGACACAUUGUACACUCUACUGGUCUCCUCUACUUCAGUGACAAGUCACUUUAAACCAGAAUUUACUUUGAUCAUCAAAAAAUACCUACUGUCUGGUAAACUGUAUAAACUACAAAAAAAUAGACUAUGGCAAGUAAGAUAAUCAAAAAAUAAUACACUUCCAUUAAAUAAAUAUGUAUGGCAAUCUACUGACUUAAAGGAUUUGCAUGACUGGGAUAUCAACUCCAAAAUCUCUUAACUGCAUUUCACAUAAGGCAGUUACUUGACUGCCACCCAUCCAUAACAUUUGCACCAUCCUACUCACAUUUAUAUUGGACAGGCUGUGAUCUACCCUAUUAUUGCAAUAUAUUUUGCUUAUAUUAUAUAUUGUCAUAUAUAAUCUCAACCUAGCACACAAACUGUAACUGUGAAGCAAAUUGUAUCCAUUUCCUAUGCUUUAUCAUUUCCCAAUCAUUAAUAGAUUUCAAAGGAAGAUAACUAAGCUACUAACAGGAGUAAAUUAACUGUAAGGCAGGUUUAGCAUUAUAAUCAUCUGUGCCCCUCCUUCUACUAAAAUAAAAAUCCUAAAUGCUCAAGCUACCAUACCUUGCAAAAUUUCAAAUGACAAAGAGGGACACUUUAAUGUAGGGGGUGUGAUUGAGAAUGGGCCGGGGCAGGAAGUUUUGAGAAAUUACUAAUGACAAUUCCUGCUACUAAAUAGUAAUUUAGAACAAUAAUAAAGUAUGUUAUUUACCCAAACUGGUUUCUAAAUACGUUUAUUGUAGUUUGGUCCCUUAAGGACGGAGUUAAUUGCCCAAGGUCUGAACUAAAACCGAAACUUGAAUUUGCUCAAUGUGUUAGUUACACUUAAAGAGAAACAAUGGUUUCUCCUUAGGAGGGAAAGUCCCUAUUUUGGGCCCAAGUUUACCUGUUCAUUAUUGGAAGUAUGAGCUAUUCAUGUGGCAUUGAUUCUUUGUUGUCACUGGCAGUCCACAUGGCUUUUCUACAGAAUUUUGGCUCCCUUGGACAGGUAACCACUUGCAUUUUUAGUACAUUUGUGUUGUACUUUAAGAUUGAUACUUACUGUAAUAAUGAUACAAUAGUUUUGUAAACACACACUAACUCUUUAAACCAUAACCACUACAAUGAGCUGCAGUGGUCGCCUAUUUAAAUUAAAUUACACUUGUUUUGUAUUUUGUGAUAGCUGCUAGGCUAAUGAUCAUUCUGGCAGUAUUCAUUAUACUGUGUGAAUGUUUUAGGCUACCCAAUAAAAUUAGUAGUAAAUUCUCAGCAUAAAGUGUUAAUUUGCUCAAUAAAAUGCAACAUAAUUAUUUUAAUGUGAAACUAGGAAAAGUAGUAAAGGGAAGGACUAGAAGCCAUUUUUCAUGUUUUAAAUUAAUUUUUGAGAAAUAAAGUGAAGCUUUUUUAUCCAAUCCUCUGGCUUUUACAUAAUUGCUGGUGCUGCUGGUUUCCUGAUAUAUCCACAUACCUUUUGGUGGGGAUCAUACCACCACAAGUUAUCAUCACCAGAGCAAGUUAUUGCUCUGGACACUGUAAGUAGGAUAUCUACAUUUUCUAUUCCAAUUUUGGCUUUAAUAUUGUACAAUUGGUUUUUGUAUUUUGUCUUUUUUUUUCAUAUAUAUGGUUGCUGAGUUUGGACAUCCCAACAUCUACAUAUCCUAAGACGGGGAUUGUACCGUCCAGGCGCUAUACACCAGAGCUCUUAGCAGCUCUGCAAAGUGUGAGUUUCCCUUUCAUCUAGAAUUUUACAUAUUUUAACAUUUAUUAUUUAGAACAUAUUGCACUAUUAUUUUAUUGUUUUUCUCUCCUUUGAGGUUUUUUCCAUGCUGUAUUAACCGAGAUCUAUAUGUAUGUAUGAUAUAAUCAUUUUAUUAUUGUAACACAUUUUCUGGCGCGGUUUCCCACUUUUCCCAUUUCCACACUUCUGUUCACUACACAGCAGGUAUUGGGAGGUCCUGCUGGUUCACUGCUGCCUUACACAUUUUUGAUUUUAUAGAGAGCGCCUAAACUUCUCUUUACUUAUUAUUAUUUUAAUGUAUUAUAAAAUGACAACAUAUUUAACAGCGCUGUACAAUGAGUGGACAAGUUUGGUUAAAGGGACAUGGAUGACUUGACAAUGUCACCAGACAGUGACAGUGACUGAUUUCCCUCUCUUUGUGUGGGGAAAUGCUCAGAUUCCUGAGUUGUAUCACCAGCCCAAAGGGGUAAUUUGGUGCCAACAUUAGAUAGAGGGCAUUACCAGUGCAUUACAUAUUAUCUUGCUCUCGUUCCCUUCAGAGGAGGAUUAAUAGCCCACUGGGCCCUGUUUGGGGCCCAUCUUAUAACAAGCAACAGGUUGGCUGAUUGACAUGGGAUUUGUGGUUUUCUGUGUCAGAUGUUAAUUUUCACUGCCCAGUGUUUCAAAUAGGCUGCUGGACCAUUGUGAUUGCUUCUUAAACAGCCCUAUGCCAUGCAUGAAGACUUUAAAGUGUUAUUUAAUGUACUAUGUAACAAAAUUUUACUAUGUAACAAAAUUGUUAUUUAAUGUACUAUGUAACAAAAAUGUACUAUGUAACAAAAUUGUUAUUUAAUGUACUAUGUAACAAAAAUGUACUAUGUAACAAAAUUGUUAUUUAAUGUACUAUGUAACAAAAAUGUACUAUGUAACAAAAUUCCUUUUUUCCUUUAUUUGAUCAGGAUGUCUCAUUGGGUCAUGUUCUGCUAACCAGUGAUGGUCCGAAAGAAAAUAGUACUGGAGUACCCUUCUCUUAUGUCCCUCUCAAUGCCAGCUUUGUCACAAAUUUAUUGAAGAAUCCAGUCUCUUCUUUGACAUUUGCAGAUCCAGAUGGGGGUAUAUUCAGGUAUGGAAGAUUGUUUUUGUUUUUUUCAAAUGAAAAUAUUUUGCUUGCAUGUAAGUAUAAAUUGAAUUGUUUAUUCAUAUAAAUUUAACUGAUACAAAAAAUAUCCAAGUGUAUUAACCUGUAACUGCAUUUAAUUUAUAUUACUAGACACAAUGUUUCACAUACAAACCUCAUAGAUUUCUAGAUGGAGUGUGAGGUUAGCAAUGAACUAACAUGAUUAAAGAGACACUCUAAGCACAGAAAUCACAUUGUGAUAUAGUGGUUUUGGUACAAGGAUGCUGUCUAGUUUUCUGUGUCCGUUUUUGAACUGGCAGUAAUGCGGGGGUAACUGGUACACCUGCCUUCAGUAUACUUUGAAAAUGGAUUAAAAAAAAACUCUUUUGACUUUUAUCCCACCAUCAUUAGUGGUCCCAGCAUUACUUAAAAAAACAAAAAAUAAAAAAAAAACAGCUUAUGAUAUUGCCUACAUAAUCAAUGUAUUGUCAGUAUGUGGCUGUUAGUAAAAGAAAACUACUAUGUAUCCAUGCAAACACAAGAGAAGUGCUCUGCGCCUUUUUCCUAAAUUGUCUUCAUGUCUGAAAGUGAUGGGAGUUGCACUAGACAGAAUCUCCAGUGACCUCAUUGGAUAUGGGAUGUGCCCAGAAAGUCAGGGUGUGUGCACUCUUGUACCCUGUGCUUGAACAGUAUCUGCAAUUAUGUCUGUCUCCGUAAUGAUACUGCACUCUGACAAAUACGUCAUAAUUAAAGAGUCACAGUGAUGACACACAACAUUCCUAACUCACUAUUCAGUUGUGCUUCUGAAACUGCAUCAUUUCAGUAUAUGCUUUAUCUAAGGAAACUGAAGUGACUCUAAAUAUUCAAAGAUGUUGUCCAGUCCAUCAUUUCAGGUUAAGCAAAUAUAUUAAAUAUAUUAAAUAAGGAUUUUUCCAUUUGUAUUCUUUCAGAAAGAGCUCAACUGAAGCAGAAAACUCCCAUUGUGCAUCUCUGACCCUUAAAGGGCACAUGAAACCUGUGCCUUCGGAAGAAGUAGACUUUGCCAGGAAAGCAUUAUAUUCCAGGUACAUGAAUUUGUUUUAAUCCUAGAUAUACUUCUAUAAAAUAUAAUGCAUUGUCUGUGAUUAGAGUAGUAAAUUAGUGAUAAAGGCAUGGAAGAGGGAUGGAAUGAAUAGACGAGAUGCAUUGUUAAUUAAACCAGCCAAAAUCAAUUUGGAAACAAAUAUUCCAAUUAAUAUAUUUUGGCUGAAUUACGUAGUCUUUUUCUUAAUUUUCAGCAGUUACCAUUUUGUGAAUAUUACCAAUUAUGUCUUUAUUAAAUGUUAUCAAUUGGAACGUCGCGGAAUGGGUAUGCAUUUCUGUAAUUUAGUAACAUUACUGAAUGCGCCUUUGUAAAAUAAAAUAGGCUACCCAUAGACCCCAUUAAUCACAUUAUCACUGGCCAAGGUCCAACUGGGGACAUAAUAUAAUUGGCUUUUAUCGGUCCACUUUGGGUUCCGAAUACCCUAUUGAUGCCUUUGGGGUGGAGCUAGAGGAGAAGACAAUGAAAGCAUUAACAAAAGCUAUGGCACACUACAGCAAUACAGACUGCCCUUGUAAUGGAGAUGUAAUAAAAAUAUUGGUGCAGGAUGCCUUGUUGGUAGUAGUGAUAGAAAUAUAUCACAAGAAUGAUGGAUAGAUUUGUUGUGUGUUUCUCCACCUUCCUUUAGGGCUCUUCACAACCCUGUUACCUCAUGUUUGUAUCUUCUUACCCCCUUUCUUUAUCUCUAGACUCAGGUCUAGGUGCAAUACAGGGAAUCCCAUACAAUACACAGAACCAUAAUUAUCCCACACAACCAGGGUUACUGUGGUGGACACAGAGAACUACAAUACAGAGAGAGAGAUAUACCCACACAGUACAGUGUCUCUGUAUAAUGUUCCAGCUUAUAAUGUGCCUCUUUGCCAUCCUCUAGCCCUCUGUGAGCUCAUCGUCGGUAGUGCUAGUGAUAUAAGUGAGUUAAAGGACCACUAUAGUGCCAGGAAAACAUACUCACCCUCAGGGUCCCCCUCCCGCCCAGCUCUGGAAGGGGGAAAGGGGUUAAAACUUACCUUUUUCCAGCGCUGGGCGGGGAGCUCUCUGCCUCCGAUCCUCCUCUGUUCCUCCCCGUCGGCUGAAUGCGCACGCGCGGCAAGAGCUGCGCGCGCAUUCAGCCGGUCGCAUAGGAAAGCAUUAUCAAUGCUUUACUAUGGACGCUUGCGUGCUCUCACUGUGAUUUUCACAGUGAGAAUCACGCAAGCGCCUCUAGCGGCUGUCAAUGAGACAGCCACUAGAGGAUUUGGGGGAAGGCUUAACCCAUUGAUAAACAUAGCAGUUUCUCUGAAACUGCAAUGUUUAUAAAAGAAUGGGUUAAGCCUAGCUGGACCUGGCACCCAGACCACUUCAUUAAGCUGAAGUGGUCUGGGUGCCUAGAGUGGUCCUUUAAGUCUGAAACUUAAGAUUUCUAGUAAGUUUAGCUGCUGCUAUGAAACAUCAGCCACACCAAGAUGGCCUUUUCGAUUCUGUCCUGUGGGAUCUGUAACCUCAUCCCCUGGUGUGAUGAUCUAAUGAUGGCCCCAAAAAGAGAGGCCAUUGGCAUGUCUUUUGACAUGCCUAGUUGUUCUCAGUAAAGCUUUUCCAGCUACCAAUCAAAGGGGUACUGCAGUAAUGAAACCUAUUUCAAAAUUGAAGAGACAGAUAUUCUUUUGUUUUGACACACAUAUAGGCAAUGGCUGGAGUAGGUUAAUCUACUUAUUCCCCAUAUUAUUUUUAGCCUUUACCACUCACCCCCAUAAAACAAAAUGUUAGUGAUAAUUACUACCACCAAUAUUUUUUCCACAAUAAAACUGGUGGGAUGCUGCCCAAAGUCCCCCUAUGGAUGACCCAUAGCCCUCUAUACUCCUUGAGUGUUUCUUAACCUCCCUUACAUCCCUUGUGUUACCUUUCACUAUGGUAGUGUGGUCGCUGGGAAUCAUUAUCUUUUUCUUGGUCUUAUUGGGCAUGUGAGUGGUCAGGGAGGCAGAGGUAUGAAGUUCCCAGCCCCCACUCUCCUCCCAUUCCCUUAGGAUACCACUGUCUCAACUUUAACACUGUUAUUUUAAUGUGCAGUGGGAGUACACUGUGCAUGGAGGGUGUGAGGAUAUAAUGUUAUAUAAUAUACCUGCCCCGCCAAUACUUCGAUACAGCCACCAUUUACAUUGGGAUAUUUAAUUUGCUUGAUGCUUUUGCAUCCCAGUAACCUUCCAUGUAUGUAGACUAUUUUUUUUUAAUAUAUAUGGAACAUGAUCUCAUAAACCAGUCGUGGAUGUCUACAUUGACUAUUAUAUCUUUAUCAGGCACCCUUUCAUGAAGAAGUGGCUUCAAAAUGAUGAAUGGCUGCUUAUGCAGAUGAACACUGAGUACAUCUUCCUGUCAGACUGCUAUGGAGUAGCACUGAACAUUCCUUUAGAAGAUUACUAUAGAGCAAAUCCCAACUGAAUGGGCUUCUGAAACAUUGUUUGGUACUGCUGACACUGGCAUACUCAUUACUGUUUGGAAAAUGUUUAAUGAACCACCAGUGGAAAAUAUGGAUUUCUUUCUACAUAACCAGGAAUUACCAAGGGGGUGUUUUAACCAUAAUCACACCAGCCAAUUAAAGAAGAUCUGUCAGAAAACUAAAAAUAUAUAUUUUAUUUACAUGAAUCAAAGCCUUAAAUAGUGUAAUACUUUUUUGAUUUGUGUCAAGUUAUGUUACAUUUUUAUUAUGUUUACUGACAUAUUUUCCAUGUGAAAAGGUGACAUGGCGAUUUGCUGUAUUUCCAGUGUUCCAAGAUGGAAUUCAGGCCAGAUUUAGAUACAAGAUCAUUCUGAGUUAAACAGCUACAGACAUCUUCACCAAUUGGCUUUUUAGAUGUUGUAGGUGAAGCAUACCUAGAUGUGGGUUCUAUAUACUGCCAGGUUUCACAAUCACUGGACAACCUCAUAACUGGCAAAAACACAGCCAAAGUGUAAAGCCUAGGCAUAACAUAGACAAGGACUGAUAACAAAUAAAGGUGUGGUAGCAAAGGUAGUUGUGAUUAUUGUUUAGUCACCUUGUGCCACUUAAAAAAUAUUAAAAAGAUUUUAUAAAAAGAUUAAAAAGUUGGUUUAAAAAAAAAGUUUUUUAACAUUCUUUCUUGUUUUUUUUACAUUGGUUUUCUUUUGAUUAACAAUAAAGCUGUAAUGUAUGGUCUUGUUACAAAACUAUACACACUUUAUAUGUCAUACGUGUAUUAAGUGCAAAACACCCACAAUGCACUGUUCUUGAUCACAGAAUUAAAAAAAAAAAAAAAAAAAUUUUAAGUCAGUAUAUGAUUAGGGAUGGAUCUGAGUUUUCUCUUGUCAGUUAGGCUGGUUAGCGUCUUGCAAUUAAAUCUCUAUGGAUGUGUAUGUUAUGUCAAUAUAUAUGCAUUGUUAUUCUGAUGAACUUAUAGCAUGCAGUAAAAACAUGUAACUGCAAUGUGAUCUAAACUGUAUUUUGUGCAUAAAAAAGUGUUGAACUACUCGUGUGGACCUUUCCACUACGAAGAGACAGAUCUUAACAAUGCUAUGAGCUAUUAUCAUCUUUGCAUCCCUUGGUAAUCAGGAGCUCUGCAAUGCCCUUGUGGAGAAUAUGAAUGAAUUUAACAAAUAUUCAGACUAAUAACCUAGGUGAAGAAUACCAAUAAAAGUGUGUUGGACCUUCUUAAAAGUAUACAAUGUGCACAUGUAAAAAAAGGUUUCCCCAAUACCUUACAUAAAAGGCAUACAAACCAACAAGGAUAAUACACCAAUGUGUGAACACACACACAAUAAAAUACUUGUUAUAGAGCAGGAACAAUAAUGUCUCCACUCAUUUAGUAGUAUAAUGGUAGUGGCAUAGUGUAAUCUGUAUAAAUAUAUAAUGCAAUAAGUAAAAGAAUGGAACUCACAAUCUGUGGAGCUGUAUCAGGCUCUGUAGUGUGCGCCCGGGGUGCCUAUUCAGGCCUUAGGAUCCAUAAUACAUUUAUUGAAUACAAAUUUACACAAUUCGAUAUUCAAGCCAGCAUUUUAAAAACAUUUUUGAGGAAAAGAAUUACAACGCCAUGAAAUAAGAUAAGCAGUUACAAGAGGUUAGAUAGCCAUAAAGGGAUUAUUAUGAAUAAUAUAAAGACAAAGAGAAAAAGUCCAAGUGGAUCAUUGUAUCCAAUAUAAGGGUAUCCCCACUAUUUUAGAUUUUAACGGUGAUGCUAUAUAUAUUUUAAUUCAUUCUGGCAUAUUUUAACAACUGAUACAUACCUUGUGAAAAUAAUAUGCAAUAAAUGUAUUAUCAUUUAUCAGUGUGCAAGGAAUUUAAAACACAUUUUUUAUUAGUUUUAUUAAGGGGACACUAUAGUCACCAGAAUAACUACAGCUUAAUGUAGUUGUUCUGGUGAGUAUAAUAGUUCCCUUGAGGCUUUUAUCAUGCAAACACUGCCUUUUCAGAGAAAAGGCAGUGUUUGCAUUGCAUCUAGGGACACCUCCAAGUGGCCACUCCUUAGAUGGCCACUGGAGGUGCUUCCUGGGUCAGUGCUGCCAAAAAAGCAGCCCUGACGUUCAGAGUCCCCACGCUCUGCAUGGAGACGCUGAAUUCUCCUCAUAGUGAUGCAUUAAUUCAAUGCAUCUCUAUGAGGAGGUCCUGAUUGGCCAAAACGGCAUUUGGCCCCAUUGGCCAAAAUCGGCCCUUUUGAUGGUGUCACAAAGGGGCGGAGCCAGCGCCGGAAGACCCGAACGGCACUGGAAAUAAGGUGAGUUUUAAACUUUUAUAAGGUUGGGGGCAAGCCACCUAAAUGGUGGGUUUAGCACUAUAGGGUCAGGAAUAUAUGUUUGUGUUCCUGGCCCUAUAGUGUUUCUUUAAAAAGCAUGAUCAGGCUAUUCUAUUUAACCAAAAGAAAAUAUUCUACACCUGUAAAAUGUGUUGAGCGUGUAAAAAAUAAAACAUUUUUUAAAAAGCAACACAGACACAGUUUAUCCCAAGUUCCACAAAUAGCCUGCCCUUCGGUGGGUCCCCGCUCAGAUCUCAAGCUGGUUUUAGCUCAACUUGUGCCAUUACAGAGAGAAAAUCUCUGAAACAUAUCAGACUGGGCCCACCCAUACAGGCAGUCCAGAUCCGAAAUGCCCGUAAGUUCCCUCUGCACAAGCGAUAUGGCAACCCCAGACGAUCGUUUCAACCUUGUAAGGUAUCAUCAGUGAGGUAUAGCCAAUAUCCCUCUAGGCACAGUGAGCAAGGUGUCCACGUCUGGAUUACCCUUUACACUUAAGGAGAGAAAAAAAGAGAAAAAGUGUGUUGACGUUUCAGUCCCAGCAUGGGACAUUCCUCAGGACAGCAUAUAUAUAUAUAUAUACGAUGUAUUUUAUACUGUGUUGUGUUUUUCAUUGCUAUACAUUUUAGUAAUUUUAUUUAUUUUAAUUUAUUUGUAUUCAAUAAAUGUAUAAUUAUCCUCAGAUUCCCAUCUUCUUCCUGACUUGGAUCCUAAGGCCUACAUAGACACCCUCUGGUGCAUACUAUAGAGACUCACAUAACAUUACAGUUUGUAUUCCAUGCUUUUAUUUAUCACAUUGUAUAUUUAUACAGAUUACGCUAUAUUGUGUUAUGUGUUAUAUUUAUUUUAGAUUUUCAUGCCACUACUAUAAUACUAGUAAUAGGUGGAGACUGCACUGUUCCUGUUCUAUAACAAAUAUAUUUAUUGCUUGUGUUCACACCUUAGCAUAUCAUCCUUGUUGUUUUGUAUACCUAAAAACCAAGGUAAAUGUAUUUGUUUUUAGAUGUACAUCUUAAUGCAAAUUAAACUCUGG